GAUCUCAGUUUAGGACCGACAUGUCAUAGACUCAUGGACCACCGCUCAACCCUCAUCCCACAGAACGAGAUUCCUUUCUCCCCCACGAAGGCCGGCGGCGCCAUGGCCGGCGGCAGCCUGGAGACGGCGUGGGAGCUCGCCGAACUUUUCGUCCUCCGUCCCGUCCUGGCCAUCACCUUCGUCUUAUCAUUCAUCCUCCUGAGCUGGUAUGUGGCGUGGAGGGCGGUGCUGGUGCACGUCCCGCUCGUUCAGGAGAUCGCCGGGCUGCGCCGGAAGAAGCCCGUCAAGCCUAAGCCCCCCAACCGCGGUCGCAUCGCCAGGUUCUACGAAUCGCAAGCCCAGAGGAACAAGUCAGAAGGGACCUCUUUGGGACUUUGAAAGAAGCAACCUCAGUCCGUAGAAUCCCUCAUCUCAUUCCAAUUCAGAAUGUUGUACAUCCGGUGAAAUGGUGUGUUCUCUUUUUAGGGCAGAUCUCAACAUGCUUAGCUUGCAACCCCAAAUACACAAUGAUGUAUCCACUGUAUAUUAGCCUGCCCCUGUGUAAAGUUAAGGAUCUUGUGAUAAGAUUGUACAUACACAUGUACUAGCAUAAAGAGAACGCUUGUCCCAGUGUACAUUGUACAUACACAUGUACUAGCAUAAAGAGAACGCUUGUUCCAGUGUA